AUGUUGAUCCACGACGGUAAUUCAGAAUCUUUAGAAGACGAGCUUCUUCAGCACCAACAACUAGCGCGAGCAGCUGUUGAGAGCGAGGAAACGGAUAAGGAAGGAGAAACGAGCAUCGAUGGGCUGGUCUUAUCCUUGCAGAGGUUGAGCUCUGCUUUAGAAGUCUCUGGCACUCGUGUGGAGGAAGUGCAGAAAACAAGUGAUAAAACAGUGGAGCUUAUGGCGGCAAGUGCAAAGAGAACAAGCGCGGCGAGUGACCUGACAAAGAAAGAGGUUGGACGCAGCUGUGGAGGUGCAUCUCAAUUACAGCAACUCCUCGAUUAUCAAGAAGAUGAGCUUGCAGCUCGUGGUGCUGGUGCUGGUGCAGGCAACAUAGGUACUACUACCUCGACUACAAAGAUGAAUGUUAAGAAUGACGCCGUGACGAAUGCAUCAACCUCAAGUAGGAGUCGAAGUAACCAAACAACCACAAGUACAAGUAGCGGCUACAGAAGUACAGCACCUGCAGCGAUCUCUGCCAUCAUCUCAUCAUCUGCCGUAUCGUCUUCAAGCGAAAGGCGGAUGAUCCCGAGUUAUCCGCACCGUGUGGGAGGACGACCAGUCAAAGUGGCUCACGCCGGAGGAAGCCGCCAUUCCCAG